AUGGCUUCCAAUAAACACAGGAGUCGUGAUUGGAUGUACAAGCAUGUAGAUGAAGCUACCGGAGAGUUAACGAAGGAUUAUAAGCAAGGGCUUACUGUAUUUAUGCGUUUUGCUACAAAUCAAGAGAUUCCAUUGGAGCAGGGUAAGAUGUAUUGUCCUUAUUCUUCAUGUGGUAAUGAAAAAUUUAUCAUGGUGGACACUAUUUGGAAGCACUUGUAUACUCGGGGAUUUACGCCUGGUUAUUAUAUAUGGUUUUCCCAUGGAGAAGAUUUUGAAUCUUUAGCAAGCACUAGUUAUCAAGUUGGUGAAGAUGGAUAUCAUCAAUUCGAUCAUGAUAUUGAUAAUAGUGUUGAAAAGCAAGGAAAUUUGCAUGAUGAUCCAACUGGUACUGUGCAGAUGGUGACAGAUGCUUUUCGUGAAACGAUAGAAACCCAAACCGACGUUGAAGAACCAAAUUCAGAAGCAAAAAAGUUUUUUGAUAUGCUUGAUGCAGCAAAACAUCCGAUUUAUGAUGGUUGUGGAGAAGGUCAUUCACGUUUAUCCGCAGCAACUAGAAUGAUGAACAUCAAAACAGAAUAUAACUUGUCUGAGGAUUGUGUUGACGCAAUAGCUGAUUUCAUGAAGGAGUAUUUGCCACAGCCAAAUUUUUCACCUGGUUCUUACUACGAAAUACAGAAAUUGGUGUCAGCACUUGGGUUACCAUUCCAGAUGAUUGAUGUGUGUAUUGAUAAUUGCAUGAUAUUUUGGAGAGAAGAUGCAAAUCCGGAUGCGUGUAAAUUUUGCCGGAAGCCACGAUUUCAGGUUACUAGUGGGAAAAGUAGACUGCCCUACCAACGUAUGUGGUAUUUACCAAUAACAGACAGGUUAAAGAGGCUAUACCAGUCGGAGCGAACAGCAGGUCCUAUGAGGUGGCAUGUAGAGCAUUCAUUCGAUGGUGAAAUUUCACAUCCUUCUGAUGCCGAAGCGUGGAGGCAUUUUCAGUCGAUAUAUCCUACAUUUGCUACUGAGCAUAGGAACGUGUACUUGGGACUAUGUACAGAUGGAUUCAAUCCAUUCGGUAAGAUUGGGCGCAAGUACUCACUCUGGCCAGUAAUCGUCACACCCUACAACCUUCCCCCAGCUCUAUGUAUGAAACGAGAGUUUUUGUUCCUAACAGUUCUUGUUCCUGGUCCAAAACACCCUAAGAGAUCACUUGAUGUGUUCUUACAGCC